AUGUAUGAAUAUAUUCUCGAUACAACUCAAGAUUUCCUUCCACAGAAAAAUGUGAUGCUGAUACGAGAAUAUUUAUGUAAACAAGCACCAGUCGCGGACGAUGGAACUAUUAUGAAUAAUAUCCUUUUAACCUGUCCUGCAUGUAAUCAAAUAAUGGUCCGACAACGAUCAUUCAUUAAGCACUUACAAUAUCAUAAUUAUUCACCUCAGCAAUGCAAAGAUGCGCUCUACAAUACAAUUAUUGAUUCACUUAAAUCUCGCCAAUUUGGCCAACAAGUGGAGGGCAUUAUUGAAGAAGUAGCAACCAAAUUGGUAACCAAUACUUUUAAGCAAAUUCUAAUUCGAACAGACCCUGAAUUACCAAAAGAAUCAUUUAUUACAUAUAAUGCAGAAAAAGGAUUGUUUGUUCCAUCUAAUGAGAAACAAUCACAACCAGAAAAUAUUUUAACAACAAAUAUCACCUCCAUCGGCUCCAUUUCAGAAAAUUCAACUCAAAUGUCACAACCUUCACCUCAAAACAAAUAUGUAUUUUUUGAUUUUGAAACGACUGGAUUUUGGAAGAAUGAUGAUCCACCAAAAAUUACAGAAUAUUGUUUUGUGGAUGUUUUGGCUGGAGUUGUUUUGUAUGGCUUAGUUAAUCCUGGUAAAGCCAUUUCUAGCCAAGCACAAGGAAUAACUGGAUUGAAUUUGAACAAUUUGAGAUCAAAACUACCUAUUGAAAGUCAUGUGAACGAUAUUAUUCAAUUUUUAAGUAAUAACUCUCAAGGGAAAACUUAUUUAAUAGCUCACAAUGGCGACUGUUUAGACUUCAAAGUUUUUGCAAAAGAAUUUUUCGGGAAGUUUCCUGAAUUUAAUUAUGACAAAAUUGUUUUUGUUGAUUCUCUCCAAUUAAUGAAAUCAGAAUCGACUUUACAUAAUUGUCUUCCUCGGAAAACGACAAAGACAGGGAAAACUAAACUAGUUUUUGCUGAGGAUGUAUUGAUUGAACAUUUUAACGUCGGUGAUGUCAACAAUUCACAUUGUGCAUUUUAUGAUGCUAUUGGAUUGCUUAAUAUUUUGAUUAAGUUUUAUGGUAAUCUCGACAAAACAUUGAAAGCUAUUGAAUGUUUUAAAAUCAAUCAGAAAGUUGGAUGCAGAUGCAAAAAAGGAAAUUGUUCAAAAUGUAGUUGUGCAAAGAUGGGAAGAAUAUGUGAUUCAACUUGUGGAUGCAAUUCAGAAAUUUGCAAACGGAGAAAGUGCCAGUAUGUUGUAAAUGUUACUAUGAUGGCCGUUGGAAGACCUGCCAUCCAAACAUGCCAACAUUUCUAUGCAAUUCAUGCCACAAAUCAUGUUUAUCGUUAA